UCCAUCGGAGUCUCCAAUGUCACCAUCGACGGGCUAAGAGGUAACCUCAAAACUUAUGAAUCUACUAUUCUAACCCCGUCUUUGGAUGAACAAAAGAAGAAAGGAAUAGCACUCAAAGCAACCAAGGAGACCAUAGAGGAGGUUUCAAGCGAUGAUGACAACGAAUUUGGACUUGUCAUCAAGAAGUUCCACAAGUUCAUGAAGAAGGAAUUUGAGCGGAAGGGACGGAAGCACGACGGUCCUCCCAAGUGCUACGGUUGUGGAGAGAUUGGCCACAUCAAGCCAAGGUGUCCAAAAGCUAAACAUGGCAAGGAUAAGCCCGGCUUCAAGAAGCAAAGGGCUUACAUCUCUUGGGGUGGCGAUUCCCGCGACGAAUCAACCGACCAAGAGGAGGACGAAGCUGCAAAUCUCUACCUCAUGGCGCACGAAGAUCAAAACGACAACGUCCAAAAG